AUGGAUAUGGCAACAAAAGAAGCGAACGCAAUGCUUCUGAGAGGGAAGGAAGCGCUAGAAAUGGCAGAUAAUAUGAAGAGGGAGUGUAAGUUAACAACUUUAGAGAGUCUGCAGUCCCUCUACGAGAUGGUUCUGGUGCUGUCAGAUUCCAGAUCUAGACAUAAGCAUAAUCUAGAAAGGGUACGCUCACACAAUGCUCAAGAACUAAUGCGAGUGGAGCGCGCCCAUAACAAGAUCAUUACCCAGCUUAUGAAGGAAAUGGCUUCCGAGCUAGGCCAUACCAGGACAGAUAUAAAAAAUACCCUCCAGGAAUCCAAGGCGAUACAGGGUUGGUUGGACUUUGAAACCCAAGAGCCCUUCCGCAAAACGAGUGACCUACUCAAAGCUGUGACGGACUUAGACAAGCGCAUAGCUGUGAUCCAGUCUAACUUGAGUCAGCAGAAGCAAGAAGGUGCGGACAACAUCUUAUCUCACCUAAGAGUAGACCUUACUGGAGUAAAAUCUAGUGUGGAAACACUCAAACUUCAAUUGGACGAAAUGCGCAGAGUCAUUGAAAAGUCCGAAAACAACACCAAGGAGGUUCUGGAGACCGGCCAAAAAACCCUGUUACGCCUGGAAUCACCACCAUCCCACCACUCAGAGGAAAUAAAUAAAAAGUUGGAACAGGAGCUGGAUGGAAUGAAGAGCUCGCUGAAGGAGAUAGAUGUAAGUAUCAAAUCUGGACUUUCAAUGUUACCUUCAGCGGACUCCAGUAAAAUAUUCCAAACCAGCAUAAGGGAACAUCUUCAACCUAUAGAAGAACACUUAGGUGCAAUGUCAUCCGAGCUGAGGACGAUGAGAGAACAGAAGCAACGGGCCCCAUCACCUGCAGUCCCAAGUCUAGCAACAGAGCUUGCACAAACUGGCGAAGCAGCAACAAAUCCAAAAAAGAUAUACGCCAGAGUGGCUGCAAGCCCUCCCCUUCCUAAACCCAAUCACACUCUCAUUAUUACAUCAACUGAUUCAAAGAACACAGCCGAAAACAUCAUUGAGAGAAUCAGGGAGGCUCUAGACACAAAUAACAGCAACUCUAGACACACUCUAAAAACAAAAAGACUGGAGCCAAAGUAG